ACAUGGGUGUCGCUGAACCUUGUCGAGCCUCGCCGUCCUCGUCUUUCGUCGUCGUCGUCCAACCUCGUCUCUUGGCUGCAGUUGCACUACGCACACCGGGUGGCGUAUGCCUCAUCUUCCGAUUUCGAGUCAACCAUUGCGCCUUUGGCUGUCGUGUCGCCAUUCGGCCGAGACGAAGUCGUUCAUCCAUACACACCACAGGACUCGUCCUACACCAGCGUUCUCACCUAUCCCAUCGAGCUCUCCUCCAGCCACUCACUGAGCUCCAGGUUCUUCCCAACUGUUAGGCUGCAUCUCCAAGAUCGUCUUCCCUCGUAUCACACACUUGGCGUACUUGUCCUCUACACCCUACCCAAGGUCCUCUUUCAUGGAUCAGGCCGCGGCCGGUCUGCUGUCCACAUGGCCCAAGACUACUGCAAGCCGCAGUGGAGAUCGCCAACCUCUGUUGGUCGACAAGCAGAGAUGUCAUCUCGUCCUUCGCACUCUGCUUCCUCUUCUCCUCGCCCGUCCGCCUGCAGGCAGACCGGGUUACUUAAGAGACUCUCGCUCGAAUUAAAGCCUCGCUUCCUCCGCCCAUCGUUUCAAGAGUAUCUCUCGUUUGAAAAGCUCUCAAUUUCACCUCCACCCGCAGCCAUGAAGUUUACUACUGCUCUGCUGGCUCUGGCCGCCACUGCCCUUGCAACCGAGGACCACGACUGGGGUAAGGAUAAGACCAAGACUAUUGUCACGGAAGUCCUGACCACGUACACGACUGUGUGCCCUGUUACAAUCACCAAGCCCGGCGAACACACCACUCAGUAUGAGACCAUCACCACCACGUCCACCGUUGUAGAGAAGCACCCCACGACGAUCUAUGAGACCCUUCCAGGCGCUACUGAAGUCGUGACGGAAAUCGACACUGACUACACCACCUACACGACCUACUGCCCGAUUACGGAGACGAUCGUUGGAGAAGGCACCACUAAGACUGUUGUGUACACCACACUCAGCACCGUCGUCGAAAAGAAGCCGACCAAGAUCAUCGAGACCGUUCCCGGCCCGACGGCCGUAGUGACGGCCACGGAUGUCCAGCUUACAACCCUCACAAGCCUCUGCCCGGUCACGGAGACCUACACCGAGGGCGGCAAGACCUGGACCAAGACGUACACCACCACAUCCACCAUUGUGACUCACGUUCCUACCAAGGUCUGGCAGACUGAGAAGCUCCCUGACGUCACUAAGACGGAGAAGGACGUCGAGUACACCACCAUCACUUCUCUUUGCCCUGUGACCGAGACCAAGACUAUUGGCGGAGAGACGGUAGUCGUCACUUACACAUCUACCUCAACCAUCGUCACGGAAGUUCCCACCAAAGUGGACGUCUGGACGACCGUAAAGACCACUCAGCAUCUUUCCACAGAAGUCUACGAGACCAUUACAAAGCCCGUGACGACUUAUCAGACCAUCGAGCACGGAGAGACGGUUUGGAUCACUGCCACAGGCACCAAAACCAUUACCGUCGAGAAGGUCCACACCCUGACGGAAGUCAUUGUCGAGACCAAGACGGCACACGUCGAGGUCACCCAGGCCGUGACCGUGGGCGGCGAGAGUGUCGUGACGCAAAAGUCAUGGGUCUACAUCACCGUGUCGGGAACUGUGUACGCUACGCAGACCCGGCCAGCCAGCACCCUCGUCGUCCCUACAACAAGCGCCGUGAUCCUUCCCCCGGUCACGGUGUCGAGCCAGGCUCCAGUGGUUGUGCCUACUGCUGCUGCCGACGCCCGCAGAGCCCCGGCAGCUGCCUUCCUGGCUGGUCUCUUUGGUGCCGUUGCGCUCCUCUAG